AUGUCUCUUCCGACGGCUUACUGGAAACUCAUAGCGAAGCAAUGCAAGAUAGUCCAGCUGCCAUCAUCUCACGUCCAGAAUGAAUCCGACGGCCACCUGUUUAUCUCAAUGACUAUGCGCUCACCACCACCUCUGAUUAAAAAGUAUAUACAUGAUCUUCUUACUCGAACAAAAAUGCUUGACAGCUUUUCCAUAGCUACACCGAUGAUCAUUAAAGAAAAGUCAGCAUAUUCUGAUGUCGAUCAAAUUGAUACCACUGCUUAUCAUAGCAUCAUUGGUGCUUUGCAAUACUUAACCUUCACAAGACCUGACAUCAUUCAUGCAGUCAAUCGGGUAUGUCAGCAUUUUAACAAUCCAACUUUAGUUCACAUAAAGGCAGUUAAGCGAAUCCUACGGUAUCUUAAAGGAACCCAACAUUUUGGGCUACGUUAUCUUUCUCAAAGUUCUUCAUCUUUGUAUGGUUUUAGCGAUGCCGACUGGGCUGGAUGUCCAACUAUAAGGAGAAAUACUACGGGGUUUUGUGUUUUCUUUGGUGCAAACUGUGUUUCAUGGUGUUCAAAGAAACAACCGACAGUCGCUCGAUCUAGUUCGGAGGCCGAAUAUCAAUCUAUGGCCUCCACUACCGCUGAAAUCACUUGGUUAACAUUUUUGCUCAGAGACAUUGGUAUAACACUUUGUCAACCUCCUCAGUUAUUUUGUGACAAUAUUAGUGCACUUCAUAUGUCUGUCAAUCCAAUGUUUCAUGCUCGAUCUAAACAUAUCGAGCUUGACUAUCAUUUUGUUCGUGAAAAGGUUGUUAUGGGUACUCUUAUUACAUGA